AUGAAAUUCACAGAGAACUCCUCUGGACUGACGCGUCUACCCACGCUAGCAGAGGUCCUUUCUCGGAAAACUAAACCACCCGUCGAUCUUUUCUGUCUCUAUCUUUUCCUCCAACGCGAGGGCUCUGAGGACGCACUUGAUUUCUGGCUAGACACACAGCAACACGAGAAUCUGUGCCGCGCUUACUUUAAGGAUAUCAGGAAAUCUGGAAGACUGAUACAGGACGUCUGGCCGGAAUAUCUUAGUAGCGCGCGUAGCAAGGGUUCCAUAUACUCAAACCUCAUCGGUCUCGCAGAACCCUCAAACAACUUCGAUCGCAAUCGCCUAAGUCCUUCUCCAAUCAACAAUCAGUCGCGUUCCUCAACUUCCCUUCAAUCAGGUCACCGUGAGCAACCAGUUGCACUAGACAAUUUCUUACUCGACGCCUCAAACAACUCAAACAAGCAGAACUUAUCGACAUCUGACUUUGACCCGGAGAAGUCUGUCAAUACUUUGGUUUCUAAACGCAAGGACUCAAAGAGGAAUCCAACGACGAUACCUAGAAAUGCUGUCAUUAGCCAUGGUGAUUUGUUCGACUCAGCUGAGCGCAUUUACUUUAGAUACCUCGCUCCUGGCAGUGACAAGGAAAUCUAUCUACCACCUGCUCUUAGAAUACAAAACUUUGGUCAUAAUACGCCGCUGACUGAUAUACCAGAUCUCUUCUACCCUCAGAAGGAGUAUAUUUUCAGGGCACUUGAGGGUGGUGUGUUUCCCAGAUUUUUACGUGCCAAAGGUUUUGGUAACUUAACACCGAUGUCAUCAUUAGUAAGACUCGGUUUAGGACUUUUCCUUCUUUGGUUUGCUUUUGCACUUGGCUUUUGCUUUAUAUUCAUCGACUACAAGCCCCAGAAGACGCGAGUUUGGGUGCUUUUACCCUUUUUAAUAUCUUUCUUUCUCAUCUGGUCUUUCAAGUAUAAUAUCGACCCUCUUAUGGUCUUGUUUAACAAGAGCGAAACGACGCCAUUCAGGACUAUCGAAAUUGAAGAGCCCUAUGUUAAGAAGCUCCUACUCAUUCGCACCGCAUUAGUAGCCGCACUCGUUGCACUAUCUACUGCAGUGUUCACACUCAUAUUCGCGUUGGUGCCGGGUCACCACCUCUGA